AUGGCGCCUGCAGAGAUCUCCACCAUCACCGAGACGGAGAACGGCGCCGCAUUUGAGGUGCAGAUCAAGAGCCCUGGUGCCGACAAGUUGAAGACGGCCGCCCGGCUCCGCCUGGAGUCCUACGACGAGAAGCCGAAGCCACUGCCCAUGCUGCUGGGGGCCCGCCACCCUCCCAUCAGCGUCGUCCGCGGCGACAAGGCCCGUCAGCAGAACGAGCACAAGAAGGAGGUGGUCGAGCGCGCCCGUGAGGAACUUCAGAGCACGGCGGAUGCCAAGCGCCAAGGCCUCGAGCAGCAGCUGGAGAAGGCCACCGAGAUCCGCGAAGGCGCCCUAGAGAGCCGCAAGAAGCGCGCAGCCAAGCACUAUGAGAAGGUCAUGGAGAAGAAGGGCUCCACGGAGCAGCGAGGUUUGAUGACCGCCGCCGAGGCACAGAAGCGCCUGGAGAUGCUGCUGGCGCAGAAGGACGCCGGAGUCGGGUGGGGCGAGGAAGGGGAAGGGGAGUCAGGUCUCGAUGGUGUGAGGGUGUGA